AUGGACUCGGAUAUAUCCGCCUCCAAAUUACGCUUUCUUCUUUGGUCGUUGUUGGUACCACCCGUCAUUUAUGUGGUCACUACCGCGACCUACCGGCUUUUCUUUUCUCCGCUUUCACAUAUUCCAGGGCCUAAACUGGCCGCAUGCACACGUCUGUACGAGUUCUAUUACGAUGUUAUCCUACACGGUAGGUAUACCUUCAAGAUUGCUGAGCUGCACAAGAAAUACGGCCCCAUAAUCCGCAUCAGCCCUGGGGAAGUGCACAUCAAUGACCCCGACUAUUACGAAACUCUUUAUUCAAUUAAUGGGUCGCGCAACAAGGACUCAUGGUUCAUCGAGUCGUUCGAUGUCGCCGAGUCUGCCUUCGCCACGCUGGAUCAUCGUUUGCACAGACCCCGUCGGGCCCUGAUCGCUCCGUACUUUACCAAAGCCCGUGUGCAGCGUGUGCAGUCGCUCAUUCAUGAUAAACUGCAGAAGCUCACUACUCGAUUCAAUGAGGUUGCGCACUCAGGAAAGCCACUCAAAGUGGACGUCGCUUUCAACUGCUUCACCGCCGACGUGAUCACAUCUUAUACCAGCUUUCGCGCGUUCAACUAUCUCGAUGAUCCUCAUAUGAUGCCCAUAUGGAGCGAGACAGUCCGCAACCUUGUCGAAAUUGGAAUGCUCGCCCGGCAUCUACCUGGCUUCUUCCCGCUUCUGGUGAGUAUGGGGAUGAAGUGGAUUCAGCGAAUUUAUCCGAAAUUGCUUCCUGUCAUCGCAUUCCGGAUGAAAUGUGCGGAAGAGGUAAAGGCCAUGUGGGUGAACGAAAAAGAAUCAAAAGAAGAAUUUGAAAAGAACAGACUUUCUCAGGAGCCCGCGCUGUUCCAGGAAAUGGUCGCCAAAGCCCCGAACACCCCUGAUAUCACGGAGACUAGAGUUCUUCAUGAGUAUAUUACUAUCGUGGCAGCGGGAACAGAGACCACGGCGCAUACGAUGACGGUCUGCACCUUCCACGUCCUCAAUGAUAAGGAGGUUCUUCAAAAAUUACGUGCGGAGUUGGAAGAAACCUUUCCGGAGAAGAAGGAAAUGGACUUACAGACGCUUGAACAACUCCCCUACCUGACUGGAGUCAUUUACGAAGCACUCCGACUAUCAUAUGGCCUUUCCCACCGUCUGCAGAGAAUAUGCCCAACCGAUCCACUGCAGUAUAAUGACGUUGUCAUUCCACCCAAUACAUCGAUCGGAAUGUCCGCGGCCCUUAUCCAUCACGAUGAGUCUAUCUUCCCUAACUCGCACGAGUUCAUCCCGGAGAGAUGGACAAACCUUGAAGAGAGGAAAAGGUUGAACAAAUACCUGGUUUCCUUCAGCAAGGGUGCCCGCCAAUGUAUCGGAAUGAAUUUGGCAUUUGCGGAGCUUUAUAUGGCUGUCGCUACGGUGUUCCGCACAUUCGAUAUGAAGUUGCAUGAGACUACGGUGGACGACGUCCGACUACACAGCGACAUGAUGCUGCCACAUCCCAGGUCGGGUAGUAAGGGCGUGAGAGUAACGAUUGACCGUAUCCAGUAA